UGGUAAAAACGUUGUACGUGGUGGAUAAUGUUAAUUGUGGUUAAUGAGUAACGUUAUACCGUACAUCAUAUGUCUUUUAUAUAAUUGUAAGAGUACAGAUAUAAUUUAAUUUGUGACUAAAUCAUACGCAAUGGAAGGUAGUGGUGACUCACCUACGAGAGGAAGAAAGCAAGGUAUUCCAAAAAAUGUGAAAGACCUUCAUCAACCCGGUAGAAAUGACGUCAGUAUGGAAUCUCAGACUCCGGACAAACCUAACAGUAACACCAACGUGUUUACAGCAUCCUCAAUGUCUGUUCUACAACCAAAAAAUUCAAGUCUUUCACCAUUUGCAAGAGAAUUUGUUCCACGAAGCUCUCUGCAGAACGCUUCUAUUUCAUGUGCUGAUUAUCAGGAAACAAUGAGAAAAUACAACAAAGAAGGUGUUGGGUUUGAACCUGACUGUUAUGCAGUUUCAGUACUGAGGGAGUUCAUUCUUCAAAUUACUUUAAGUCCAGGAGAAUACGAGUCUCGAGUUCAGGCUGUGAUUGAUAAACUUAAAUCAUCAGUGUCAAAUGAAGAGACAAUGCGUGCUAUUACAAAUACAAUAUUUGAUCAAGCAAUUACAGAACCCAAUUUUAGGUACAGUGCUGCAAAACUCUGUAACCACCUUUCUCAGAGUUUACAGUUUGCCUUUGGAAACUUCAGACAUUUUCUUCUACAGAGAUGUCUCCAGGAGCACCAGAGACAUGAUGAACUUCUUGAAGGAUCAGAUGGUGGAACAUAUCUUAGAGGAUUUGCAAUUUUUGUUGGAGAACUUUUUUCACAGUUAGAGAUUGGAGAAGGGAAAGAGAUAUUUGGAAUCCUUGGAAAAUCUCUUACAGAAUUACUCAACGUCCUUCUGAAUUAUCCAACUGAAAAUAACUUGAAAUGUGUGUGUCAAGUUUUAAAGUUGACAGGUGCAAGUCUUGAAGACCAUGAACGACAAGUUAGUGAAGAAAAAGCUGCUCCUGAGAUGGAUAAAAUAAUAAAGAAAAUUAAAGAAAUUACUGUCACCUGUUAUGUUAAAAGUAACAUUAAGAGUUUGUUGCUGUCUGUUGUGGACUUACGAGCUUCUGACUGGGGUAGGGUAGUAUCUUCACCUGCUGUGCCGAAAGACUCUACCAAGACAGAGAAUUAUUUGUGUGAAACAGUAUUUUAUGGACCAGAUGGACAGCCAAUUUCUUCAGAAGAAGCCACCUUUUUACAAAAUACAUGUAGCCCUUACAGUUAUUCAAGUAUAAUGAAUGGUGAAGGAAAUAGGGCUGAGGAUCCAGGAGAAAAUAUGGAUGAGGAAAUGCAAGCAGCCUUUGAAGAAUUUUUGCAACAAACAGGACAGUAGCUGGCCAACGUUUCAAAUAAAGCAAAAGAAAAGAUCAUGUGGUGUAUAUUUGUAUUUUUUCCCCCCAUGUCUAUUAUUAGUACAGUGACAUUUCUGUGUUUUUUGUUUAUUUUUCAUUAUUGGUUGUGAAAUUAAACAUGCGGUGUAUUAACAAAGGUAAAAUUGUUAAUUAUUAAUAAUAUUUUCAACAGUUUUAGUUGUACUUGACUACUAAGGUUAGAACAGAUGGUAUUUUACUUCUUUCAUACUCUUAAUUUUAUAGUACUGGUGAUAAACACGAGAUUAAUCACGUACAUGCUCUAAAUUAUUUUAGAAUCUCUGAGUUUACAUGUGACCCAGCCGGAUUAAAUUAUAAGGUCAUUUAAAAUUGUCUUGAGUUUCAUGCAACUGAUACAACAUAUGUUAAUACUGCACCUAUCAAAUAAGUUUUCAAUCUUAAUUUCUGACUUCACAAUAAUAAAUAUUCUCAUUCAGUUUAUGAAAUAAAGAUCAAGUUUUCUGAAUGUUUAUUUUCCAGAAUAUAUUUAUAAAUGUACAUUGUUAUAUAUAUAUAUUAAUUAAUUGUUUUCAGUUAUCCACAAGUAACUUUGUUGCAUUUAUUUUUCAUUUUGUAAAAGAAGUUCCAAAGAGGUGAUUCCUAGUUAUCUGAUAUGAAUUUAUAUUUGAUUUGCAUCAAUAGUUUUUUAUACUGAUGAUGUGGCAAAUGUAGGCUGAUACCUCCUGUCUGUAUUAUAUAAUUAAUUUUAUUGUGAUAUAUUGAAAAAUCUAAAUUAUUUUUAUACCAAAAUAUAAUCCUCCAGUAAUUCUCAUCCUCAGCUCAUGUAAGUUGAAAGCGUGUAUCAAGCAAAUAUGUAACUAAUAGAUCUUUAAGAACAGAUUACAUAUGGUAUGAAUUUGAAUAGUAAAAGUUUUGAACUGCAUUCUCAUGGAAAUGUAAAAGAUAUUUUUUAUCAUGUGACACAGUUCACAAAGCACAUUCCUACAGUAAAAAAACUUCUGCAAAAUGUUCAGUGUAUCUAUUACAGGAUAAUAUAAUAGUCAACUUAUUGUUAUUAAUAGUACUUUUGAAUUAAAACUGGUUAAAAGGGAUUGUUUGACUGUUGUGAGCAUUCUUGUUUAUAAAAUGUAGUCAGGAGUUGUAUUUUACAAUGUAUGCUUAAUUUUUUGUAAGGCAAAAAAGGUGGUUCCAGUUUUUGCUGCCAACCCAAAAAGUUUUUUGCAUUUUUAUUCUCUUAAUGAGACAAAAAAUAUUUGCACUUUCAUUUGAAAAUACUUGGCUUAAAAAAUAAAACAAAUUACUACCUUACCUACAUUUGUUGUUUUUCAGGAAACCAGAACCACCUACCUUUCUUUUAGGCCUAACUGAUAAUAACUGAAUGAAAUAAUAAAAUGUUGUGUCUUUAAAAUCACUUAAGCUCUUUUUAUAUCAGUUUCUUGAUGGAACAUACAAGUAAUAAUAGUUGUUUUACAUUCAACUAAAGGGUCAUCAUAAAAUUUAAAAAGAUUUCUAGUUAGAUGCAGUAGAAAGCUGUUGAGAAUUAACUUCUUUAAUAAGAGUCCAUGAUCAUAACGUUUUUUUUAACUUAAAUUUUGUGAUGUUCAUCUUUAACAUACUUCCAUGUUUGAAGAGAAACACACAUUGUAUCACUACUUUGCACUAACUUGUUUGAAAUUAUAAAAAUUUUAAUUUGAUUUUUUUUUAAACGAACUGUUAGAAAAUAAUAUCAGUUAAUGCAUAUUUAAACAGCAGCUGAUCUUAAGUUUGGGAUGGACUGGCAUAGUCUGGUGGUUAGGGCACUCAACUCGCAAUCUGUGGGUCUAGAGUUCAAAUUCUAUCCCUGAACAUGAAUUGUACUAUUUGUUGGUAAAAAUAGGCUCAAGAGUUGGCAGUGGAUGGUGUAAACUAAUUGCCUUUUCUUUAGUCUAUCACUUCAAAAUUAAGUUAAGCUAGUGCAGACAGCCCUCAAGUAGCUUUGCACAAAAUUCAACAAACAAACAAAAUUUGGGUAAAUGGGUGAUAAAACUAGUAUCAUAUUCAAAAUAAUAAAAUGCAUCACACUUUCAAGCAAUGUUGAAAUUUUACAAAAAACUGGCUAGUAUGAUACCUUGCAAGUUGACAUUCUCUGAAAUAGAAGAUUUUACCUUAUUGUGGAUUUUAAUUUUAACCUUUAAUGUCCUUUUAGCUUACAAGUAAAAUACAGUCAGAAAAUUUAGGAGCCUCUUAAAUCACAAAAUAUUAAGAUACAAUUAUUAAGCAAUGCUAAUCAGAAAAUUAUAUUAAAAUACAUAACUCGUAAUAAUCUAUCCCUUCUUUGUCUAGUGUCUAAAAAAACUGAGUGGGUAUCUGUUUGAAUUUACCCUGAAAUUAUAAUGUAUGUAGAAACACUGGUUUUGAAAGUUUCAUUAUCCAAGUACAUAAUGUGUAAGUGAAGCAUGUUUAAUUACUUGAGCUUUCCAGCUGAACUAAAAUCGUACUUUUGAAAGAUUAUUUCCUUAAAGUACUAAGUUUAUGAUACCUUCCUUGUUGAUACUUUACAGAUAAAUCUGACAAGUAUUUUUUUGUACUUAACAUAGAAAGUUUGUGCAUGUGACCAGUAUGACCAAAAAUGAACUAACCUGUGUAUUAAAUAAUCAGCAAAAAGCCUUUCCUUUAUUCCUAUUUUGAAUGCUUGAAAACUCACUUCAGUCAGAAUUCCUGGAUAUUAAAAAAUAUAUACACAAAAACCUCAUAUCUCUACAACUACAAACAAUAAUGUAAGAAUAUAAAAAAACAAGUUGUAGGUUUAUUAAAUGAUUAGUAGUUUUCCAGUUAAAUUGCAUAACCUGUCAUUUAUUAAUUAAUACUGACUUACAAUCAGAGCAAGCUACCUGCUUAGAACAUAACUAAAAAUUGAUCUGGUAAUGAACAUAGCAAUUAAAUAUACUUUUAUGUUGUUUUUUUCAGUUGUUUUAGAGCAAAGCCACGUUGGGCUAUCUGCUGUGUCAACCACAGGGAAAUGAAUUCUGGGAACUUAUGUUCAUGUGAAGACUUGAGUACCCUCAAUGUUAACAAUAUUUUUAACAACAAUAUAUCGUGAGGUUUGGCCAAUCUUUAUUAUAAAAAUAGAAAAAUAUACUUAAAAAGUAAUAAAAGUUUAUAUGAUCAGUGCAGUUAUUAAAAUAAUUUAACACAGUUGAUUCAGAAGAUUUGUGAGGUGUAUGAACUUCAGCCAAAAAAAUAAAAUAAUUGUAUCUCAUACUUUGGGGUUGUAGGUGCAUUAUAAGGUUUACGAUAAAAUCCCACUAUUCAGUCUAACAAGAGCUGGCGGUAGGUGGUGUCGACUACAUGCCUUCCUUCUAGUACAUUGCUUCAAAGUUAUGGAUAGUCAUUGUGGAUAGCUUUCAUGUAGCAUUGUGCAAAUUUCAGCAAAGCAAAUUAACAUUUAAAUGUACAGUUACUUUAGUUAUUGAUAAGAUUGUAACUUACAUUAUGACUUUGUAAAAAAAAAAUUAGCACCUUGUUACAAACUUAAACUUAAGUAGUCAGUUAACCCCUUUAAAAUACCAAACAGUAAACUUGAAAAAAUAUUGCGUAAAGUUUACAAAUAUGUGAAUUGAAACAGGUGUAAUAUUGCUUCUACCUGACAUAGUACUGCUUUGGCCCAAGACAAAUUGGCUAUAACAGCCACACUGCCAAAUGAUAGAAAGUACAAAAUUUAAAACUUAAUUAUUUUAUAAUACAGAAUUUUAAUAGUUUAGUUGUACUUUAUACAUUACCAAACUAUUGAGUCAAUAAAACUCUCAGUGGUAAUUAGUUUUUAAGCUAAUCUUGUCAGGUGUUGUAGUCUUAUGUGCACACAAUAGGUGUGUAAGAGAAAUCUUUGUAAUGAACUACUGUUUUUUUUCUUCAAUAAAAAUGCAUUUUUGAAA